AUGCAAACCGAACACACACAGGCUUCUCAAGGUACAACGCCGUCCACGGAACCCCUUCCUACCCCACGAGCCUCUACCGGUCAACAUGGCAUACACAGCCUCUCAACAACCCCUCACCCUCUUAGCGAUCUCUCUCUGGGAGCUGGUGCGGGUAGCGCCCGUGGAAUUGGCGAUGAACAGGGGAGUGACGAUGGGGCAGAAGAUGCUGGGAUGAAUUACGAUUCCGGCGGCUGGGGGGGUACGACACUCCCUAAGGUUGAUGGGAAUAUAAUCUCUCCCUCAAAGCAGAAAAAAGACAUAAUUAGCCAGUAUGAAGCCAGGGGUGCCUCGCCUCCUCAUUGCGGUACCGGAUUUCAGGUUAAAAAGACCAAUUGGCAAGGCAGGCUUGAUAGUCCGAUAUCCAGAUUUCCGAACGGUUAUUCCUUCACCUCUGUUCUCUGCCCCAAAUUAUUUGGACUAACCCUGGAUCUAUCUACAGAGGUUCUUGUCCACUCCUUAUCAUUCCUCGACCCGCAAACAUUACUUACAGCGUCUCUCAUCUCUCGCCGCUUUCGUUCCCUCAUUUCGUCUCCCGACGCAUGGCGAUCCGCGUUUUCUCGUUAUUUCCCAUCUACAUCACUUAGCCAGGCUUCCUCGGAUAUCCAUGAAUCUGCCGCUUCUUCCUCAUCUCAGGAUCGUCGUUUCUUCACUCGAUUGUCGGCUGGAGGGAGCGUUGGUGAUCUAUGGAGAAAGGAGUAUAUUCUUCGUACUAGGCUUUUAAGGGGCCUUGCGAAAGGGAGAGCCCAUACAUUUACAAGUCGUUCGAGCCCCGCGAGCAAAGGCUCGCAAGGAAACGUCAUUAUCACUUACAAUGCGUUGACUGGCCCAAUGAGUGUGAGCCAUAUCGCGGCAGAUUUCUCUUCAGGGGGUGUGAGGUUGUUGCAUGCCUCAGCUGAUACUAUAGCCAUCGCUGCAAGUGAUGCCACCAUCGGUAGGAGACACUCGCGGUAUUGGAUACUUGCCGGCGGGGUGCUAACUUGGGUAUAGGAAAGGUUGAGAGACCUCCGUUAGCUGCCGCGAUGCUUGGAACACCGGCUAGGCCCGAUUUGCAUCAGCCUAUUCUGGGAGUUGCAGGCUUUGAAGUCGCUACAGAUAUGGGUGUCUCGGGGGUUAUGGAUCUUUCUGAAAAUAUUGGUUGGGUAUAUGGCGAGAACGUGCCGAAUGGAAAGUGUUACGUGCACCCGUACCCGUCUCCCUAUCGGUGUGCCUCCGAGAAGGGGUUCUUCCUCCGACAUGACCCAGUGGCAUCCGGCUGUCUCCAGCCUGCCAUAACUGCGGUAUGGAUUGCGAAGAAACGGUCUGGCGGUGUCAUUGAAACGUCCAAGGGCCGGGUCGGAGUCAUGAUCGGUAACAGCAGGGGCUUCGUCUCAAUAUACGGGCUAAGUUUUGGCAAGGAGUGCCAAGUUCCCCUUACCAACAUGUUCUGCAUAUGUCCAGGUAUACCAAUCGUAUCAAUCAAGGUGGACGAAGACUAUUCAUCCAAGAGAAAGAGACAGAACAAUGCCUGGGCGGCUGUUGUCAACGCGCUAGGCGAGGUUUAUCAUCUUGCAAAUCCCAAGGUUGCUUGGCAAAUUAUUCCGCAAACCACCCGCAUACCGACCGCGGUCCACGGCUCAAUUUUUCGGACACCCCCAAACACUGUAGCCGGUGAGGAUAUGGGGAAAAAGCAAAUUGAGGAAAAGGAUUUGCUGCUUAAUACCGAGUACACCCGAUUGAAACAGCUCUGGGAGGGCUGGGGAAUGGAUUGGUUUAUUGAGGUGGAUUGGCCUGGUACCAAUAUUGUGCUUGGAAGGAAAGGAAGCGUCAAUCAGCUAUCCACGGGUAAUGAGCAAACCCCGAAACUCAUUAGAUAUCAUUUUUCGCCCCACACACUCGAUGUCGAGGCCGAAGAGCUCGUACGCGAGGUGAUAGCUGGCGCCUCGGAAGGGACCGGUGCCGGGAUAUCCUCGAGAUCUGUAUUUGAUGGAGAGCCACGGUCCCAGCCCUCCGAGAGAGCAGAAGCGAUUGAAGUUUUGAUGCAGCCGCCCCAGUUCUGCAAGCGUCCGACAAAGUGGCUUGCUGCGGAUUUUCUGUUUGGAAAUCAGAAUGUUGGCGCGAUUACCGCUUCAGCGAUUGAUAUUUCCAACCUCACCUUGCUUUCUCCCAGUGAAGAUCCUGGAAUAACCGUAGAUGUGCCCGGUGGAAAUGCAAGGCUAUUUGCAGUUGGCACCAGCAUGGGAGAUGUUUUCAUUUGGAAUAUUCGGCACCAAGCAUCCUCCAUUGAUGGUGGCGGCGUGCCGUCCAAUGGUUUCUUGCCACAAAGAGUGAUCCGGACUGAUUCACCUCGGAUUUCAACAUUGGCUCUCUCAUCACUUUAUCUCGUCCAUGGAGGAAACGAUGGGCUCGUUCAAGCUUGGGAUCUUCUGGCUUCCACUUAUUCACCUUUGAGGAGCAUUUAUUCUAGGUUUUCGACCCGCGCGCGCCGGAGAUUAGCACAAGCGGAUGCAGCAGCUUUGGGCCCGGGUAAUGAUGCCCUUGGGGAUAACCAGUUUGCAGCUCGAUGCUUGGUUCUUGACCCCGAUCCCACUCGCCUUCGCGGGGCGGUUGCCUUGGGCACGCGCAUUAGAUAUUGGUGCUUCUCUUCCCCCUCUUUAGGGCCAAACACCCCGAAGCGGUCAAAGAAGCCAAGAGUCGGCGGUGGAGUCAGUGGUACACCAUCUAGCGAUAGAGGAGAAAUUAAGGGCAUCAUCAUAUCAGAUUCUGGGGAUCUUCUUAAGGAACGUGAGCGCGAGAAUAAAGCAAGAAUUGAGCUGGAGAAGCGCUAUGGAGUAACCAGUGGGCGGGCAGCGCUCAGCGAAGAAGAAAUGGUGGAAUAUGCUAGGAUGAUUAGUAUGGAAACCUAUGAAACCGAGGGCGGUGGCAGCAUCGAGAGUGGGGAUAGCAGCAACAUCAUUACGCCUAAAGACUCGAACCGUGCAAUAAAUAGCCAUAGGACCACGGAGUCCAAUGGUACUGAGGAGGAGGUUGAAGACUUAGAGUUAGCUCAAGCGUUAAGGCUGAGUUUAGGGAAAGCAUGGAUGGAAACUCCAGCUGUACCUGGUGAUACGCUGGAUUCAGAGAUUUGGGAAGACGCCUCCGAAUAUCCAGAUCGCCAAGUGUCUUUGAACCCCGUCGCUGCCGGCCCAAGUCAUCAAAAACGAUCUACCUCGAAUUAUGCCAAUUCAAAAAGGAGCGCUGAUGCCGACAUGGAAUGGCCGAGUGUUAGCAGGGCUGCAGGAAAGGGUAAAGAUAAGGCGCAACACCACAUCCCAAGGACCGAGGAGGAAGAACUCGAAAUGGCGAUCCAGCUGAGCAUGGAGGAAGAGGAACGCAGGAUGUUCCUAAGCGCAUUGGGGAGUGAUGAGCAGAGUGAAGUGAUAGGGAAAGGGAAAGGGAGAUGGAAGGGGUGGUAAAGCAGUAGCAGUGGAAGGUCUCGUUUGUUUCAAUGUUUAUGGUGAUUGAGGGGUUUUCAGCAGUUGCCGUAGUGCUAGUGUGGGCACCUUUCUUUGAGCUGCGGUAUUUUUAUUACUUUUAUUUCCUUGUCUCACAUAAUCUAAGCGCGUAAUACGAUUGGUUUUUCUCAGCCGGGU